UUCGAACAUCUGAGGUGAAAUGAGUUUUUCUGAGGUGAAGUACGUUUUGGUAUGAAAAGCACACAGGCGUUGUUUGCAUUGUAACUGCAGUACUGUUUGCGGGUGAACAGAGCCGAAGAUGAACUCCGCAUUGAAGCAUUGGAAGGAGGCUGCGACAGUCAUUCUGGCUGCUCGGACUGGGUGUAACGUCAAACCUUCUGUUAUUAACAGUUUGAAAACAAGAGAAAUCCCUUCGCCUCCUAACUUUACCAAAUCGGACUUGCCACACAAGCCCGUUUUUGAUUAUGAGGUCUUGUUGAUGAAGCGAAGCUCCAAAGCCGGGUUUAUGCCCAAUGUUUACGUUUUCCCUGGUGGUGUAGUUGAGCCAUCGGAUUUUUCCAGCGAUUGGCUUGAGACUUUUAAAUCGUUCCGACACUGGCCAAAUUUUGGUUUGGGUUUGGUAAAACAGCCUCCGGAGACAAGACCGCCUAUUUUUGCAACGAACAGACGAGAACUUGGGUCUCCUAUUCCAAGUGUAGUUGCGUUGAGGAUAUGCGCCGUGCGAGAGACAUUUGAAGAGUCUGGAAUACUACUGGUUGUUCCUAAAAACGAGGAGAAUAAUAUUGACUUCAUGAGCCAUCGUGGAGGAGGCAAUAAUUCGACUUCGCUCACAAGGCUACAUGAACUUUUGGAUAAGCGUGAAUUGGCUAGGUGGAGGGCUUUGGUAACUGAGAAUCCUUUUAAUUUUAUCCGUAUGUGUAGAGAACUGGACUGUAUGCCCAAUAUAUGGGCCAUGCAUGAGUGGGGGAAUUGGUUGACCCCAUUAUUCUUCGACACAAAACGGAGGUACGACACUGCCUCUUUCAUUUGCUGCCUGCAAGAGGUCCCAUAUACCGCCCAAGAUGAAAAGGAAAUAGUAAAUUUUAAGUGGUCUACUCCGUCUGAAGUACUGCAGCGAUUCCCGACCCGGGAGCUCCUUAUAACGAUACCACAGAUCUAUGAACUGGGCCGGAUGUGUCACUACCCGCAGCUGCAGGAGCUGCACAGCUUUGCCGGGAUGAGAGCCGCGGAGGGCUGUGAGCAGUUACUGGGUGUAGAACUGGCGUGUGUUGACUGUGACAUAUAUCUUCUGCCAGGUGACACCCUGUACCCUGAAAAUGUGGAGCUGUCGGAGGAAAGAGGAGCGAUGUUGAGCACAGAGAAGAGUUAUGAGCAGCUGCAGCAGGAGAGCGCCGCUCUGCACCGCCUGGUGUACUUCGACCUUUACACCGUCGCCGUCCACAUGAACAUCACGCCCAAGUACAAGCACCUGCGGCCCAUCGGGGCCCCCUCUCAGACCCACUCCCCCAGGCCCAAGAGCCGGCUCUGAGCCUCGUGCCAAAAGAUGAACAUGAAACUGAAGGUGGCCAGAGCACAGGCCUGGCAGAGCAUCAGGAGGGAAGAUACCCUGUGUCUGGUCAUAUCUGUGGGUCGCAGACUUUGUGUUUAUCCCAAACCUAUUGGAGUGCACUGCUUGGGGGAAACCGCAUAAAAUUGUAAUUAUUCCAGUUUGUAUUUUUUUACCUGAAAUUAUUAUUUUUCACCUUUUGGAUACUGGGUAAGUCCAAAUAUUUUGGAAGGGUUUGACAUCAAAACUUGUUUUCUAUAAUAAAAAAAGGAAUACAUAGUUGCAUUAAAAUGAUC